AUGGCAGGGGACCUUGUGGUCGGGAUCCUCUAUAACUUGUUACUGCCACUGCUCCUGCUGAUCGCGUCUUCGUUCCGCUACAAUGGCCUGUCGGUGGUAUAUUUUGUGUUUUUGCUCACGUUGCCGCUGCUGCCGAACCCGAGUCUGGCCACCAUGAAAGGUAAAACAGGCCAGUUCCUGCUGACGAUCAUCUACACCAGUGUGAUCUUCCUGGGCCUGCAGUGCUUCAUGCAGAUCCCCUUCGCCUACAUCCCUCCGCACGUUAGUGGUAUCUGGGAAGAUGUCCUGUACCACCUCGGCAUUGUCAGAUUCAGCUCGGUCGACGCUGGGAAUAUUGUGCGUCUCCUGGCUCCAGACGUGGGCGUCGUCGUCUCUUCCCUGUUUGUUCUGAGGCUGUGCAAAAAACUCUUACGUCCAGCUCCCCAAGUCAACCUCCAUGAAAAUGGAAUCCCCCCCACUGACCCCGAGGAUGUGGAAACCUCUGACACGGAGUCAGAAGGAGGAAGCGACACCGAGGGUUCGUCCUCUGACAGCUCAGAUGAGACCACGGUGCCGGUUCAGACCGGACCGCCGCAGUUUGUCCAGAAGUUCAUAGUGUUUGCAGCUGGACUGAGGUUGCUGCUGUCGGCCAUCAUGAACACAGCAGGAAAAGUGGUGGUCACUCUACUGCUGGGGCUGGCAGGUAUCACGCUGCCCUCCCUCACCUCAGGAGUGUACUUUGGGGCGUUUCUCGGACUGGUGUGGUGGUGGGUAUUCAGCCGCUCCAUUAGCAUGCUGCUAUUCAGCUCCCUGUGUGUGAUGAUGGCCAUCUUCAGCGGAGGACAUCUGCUGGCCCUUUACCUCUAUCAGCUGCCCCUGUCCCAGGAGCUCAUACCACCACAGGACGUCUUCGCCAGGUUGUUUGGUAUGACCGGAGUGAUCAGAACCAGCAGUUCCAGCCCGCACUCUCUCGGUCUGCACCCACAUGUCAGCUGGCCCGACUUCAUCAACCCUCUGGUUCUUCUGCUGCUCUACUACACACUGGUGGCUCUGCUGCACAAAUGGGUUCACAUCACGGAGGAGGAUAUUGCAGUUGAUGAGGAGUGUGAGAGUCCGGUGGAAAGUCCAGAGGUUCCUCCAAGCUUCUCCAGAGUCAUCUACAUCUCAGGCGACAAACAAGAGCCAAUGAUUCUAAUGACGGCAACCUCCUGGCAAGACGUCCGCAGCAACAAUCUUGGAAGUCUGUUAGGAGGUGCAGGCUACACAAACUGUUACUCUCCACCACAUUAUGAAGGCAAAGACUCACCGUCCAAUGAUUCUCUCUUAAGCGAGAGAGAAAUGGAGGAGAAGAGUGAGGAGGUCCCACCGAGUCACACGGAGACGCCGCCUCCUCCGUCAGGUCCAAGUGGUUUGGUCAUAUUUGGAAGGCUGGUGCAGAAACACAGCUACGUCAGCGCCCUCAUCAUCAUGAUGGUGUGGAGCAUCACCUACAACAACUGGCUGACCUUCGCUCUGCUCGUGUGGUCCUGCAUCAUUUGGAUGAUGCGGGACCGGCGGCGCUACGCCAUGAUGUCCGCCCCUUUCCUCGCCAUCUACGGCACCGUCCUGGUGGUUCUGGGCUUCCUGAGCGGGCUGCGUCUGAGCCGGGCCGAGCUGUACCCGGGUCUGCCGCCGGCCGUGAUCGUGGACUUCGACCUGAACAGCUACCAUCCUGCACCCUGCGUCCACCUGGGGGCAAAGGUUUUCUACAGCUUCAGUUUCUGGCUGAUGUUUCGUCAGCAGCUGAAGGAGCGACAGGAGGAGCAGAGCAUGAAGGCCGAAUCUCUGGACGACGUCAAAGUUGUGCCACCUGAGGAAAGUCAGCCCUCCCCUCUGGUAGCCAUGCUGAUCUCAGGUGUGAAGGGCAUGCUGGUGAAAUACUGGAUCCUCUUCUGCUGCUCCAUGUUCUUUGUGAUCAGCUUCUCUGGAAAGGUGGUCGUCUACAAAAUCCUCUACAUCGUCCUUUUCCUCUUCUGUGUUGUUCUCUACCAGACCCGUUACGAUGUGUGGCGUCGGGUCCUGAAGACGUUCUGGGCGGUGGUGGUCGGAUACUCCAUGGUGGUGCUGAUCGCCAUCUACAUGUAUCAGUUCAGGAGUGUGUCCGGGCUGUUCAGACAGAUCAUGGGCAUGUCGGAGGACGGUCUUCGGGACCUGGGUUUGGAGCGGUACGACACAGUGGAGCUGUUUGCACGUAUUCUGCUUCCUGCUGCAUUCCUGUUGGCUUGUAUCCUCCAGCUGCAUUACUUCAACGCAGACUUCCUGACUCUCACCGACCUGGACGACGUACCUGUCAGGCAGGCUUCCAGACAGGAGGAGCUCAAGAGUUCAGUCGCUGUGAUCGCUGACACCAUCAAAGAAAACAUCGAAAAGUUCCAGAAAAGGCUCGUGAAGGAACAGAUGGGAACCGGGAAAAGUCAGGAGACUCUGGACAGCAUCGGACUGCAAUCCACCUCCGAGAAAGGAGCCGAGGAGCAGGACGAGACGACAGGAGAAGAAACUGCGCAAAGCAGUCGUGAGGACAAGUGGUUUUUGAUCGUGGACCGGGCGAGUCUGCUGCUCGUUCAGGCUCUGUCGGGGCUGUUCAGGCUCCAGGAGCUGGGCUGGAGACUGCUGGAGCUCCACAGCCUCAAAAUAGUGUCUACUGGCAUCAUCUGGGUAUCACUGCAAGAGGUGUCGCUGAUGAACUCGCUCUUCCUGGUCCUGUGGGUGUUUGCGCUCCCGUUCCCACGGUUACGACCUUUGGCCUCCAGCAUCUCUGCCGUGUGGGCCUGCGUCAUGGUGGUGUGCAAGAUGUUCUACCAGCUCAAAGUCAUCAAACCUCUGGAUUACUCCUCCAACUGUACUGCGGGUUUGCUGCCCUCCAACAGCUCGGACCUGGAUGAGCUGAGGGGAAACAUGGUGGAGCUGCUCAAGAGGUCGAUUCUCUACGUGGAACCCGUCGAUCCCGUCUACUGGUGUGGAGCUCUGCGCAAGUGCGAGGGUCGGAUCCUCCCGUGUCUGAGGAACCACCUGAUGGUGUUGGGGCUGCUGGUGUUCGAGGCGACUGUCCAUCGCCACCAGCUCUACUUCCGUCUCCAUAACGACCUGAAGCCUCCACCUUUCAGCAUCAUCUUUCAGGGAAUCACCAGGCAGCACCUGGACCACGGCAUCCUGCCCUGCAUCAAGUACUUCAUCAACUUCUUCUACUACAAGUUUGGACUCGAGAUCAGUUUGAUUGUGGCGGUCAAUGUGAUCGGUCAGAGGAUGGAUUUCUACGCUCUGUUCCAUUCCUGCGCCUUAUUGGCUGUUCUGUCACGGCGGCGCAGGAAGGCGAUUGGGGAAGUUUGGCCUAAAUACUGCUGCUUUACGGCCGGGCUCAUGGUGCUGCAGUACCUGCUCUGCAUCGGCAUCCCUCCGGCUUUCUGUGUUGACUACCCCUGGAGAACUGCAUUUGAGCCUUUGACCUCUAACGUUAUUAAGUGGUUUUACAUGCCCGACUUUGCCAUGAGACCAGAUCCUACGUUCAUUUUCUACGACCACCUCCUGCUGCUCUGCUCCUCUCUGCAGUGGCAGGUGUUUGAGGAGGAGAACCGGGCGGCGGUUCGCCUGCUGGCCGGAGACAACGUUGAGAUCAGCCGCAGUUUGGAUCCUUGUUCCUUCAACCAGUUCAUACCUGUCGACAACUUCCUUCACUGCAGGAGCUACCUGGACAUGGUGAAGGUGUUUGUUUUCAGCUAUUUCUUCUGGCUGGUGCUCUGCCUCAUCUUCAUCACCGGCACCACCCGGAUCAACAUCUUCUGUCUGGGCUACCUGGUGGCCUGCUUCUACUUCAUGCUGUUUGGAGGCAGCGUGCUGAUGCAGCCCGUCAGAUACAUCCUGAGGCUGUGGGACUGGCUCAUCGGAUACACCUGCUUCGUGAUCGCCAUGAAGAACCUGCUGUCUCUCGGAGCUUGUGCCUACCUGGACAGUCUGCUGAAGAACAGCUGCUGGUUGAUUCAGGCCUUCAGCAUGUUCUGCACCAUUAAAGGCUACGACGUCCCGGAUCCUGACGAUGAGUGUGAGCUGCCGGAGGGUGAAGCCGGCAUCGUCUGGGACGCGAUCUGUUUCACCGUCCUCCUGGCACAGAGAAGAGUUUUCCUCAGCUACUAUUUCCUCUACGUGGUGUCUGACCUCAAGUCCUCUAAGAUACUGGCCUCCAGGGGCGCUGAGCUGUUUGAGGCCAAAGUGAAGAAGCUGGUAGCAGCCAGACUGGAGAUGGAGAAGAAAUCAGUGGAGACACUGAAGAAACAGAUGGAGAAGAUCAAAUCGAAACAGAAGAGUCGGCCUGCACCGGCAGAAACAGAAAAACCUCCUGCUGAUCAGGAGCAGGUCGCACUGGACAAUGAGGAGAAGGCAAAAAAAGAUGCAGGAAAAUGGUGGAAGCCCUGGGUCUCUCAGCCUGGAGUGGAAAACAACUGCGGCUACCACCUGUUUGAGAGCGACAGCGAGGAGGAGGAGGAGGAAGUUCCAGAGAAGAAGGAGGAGGAGGAACCACCGAAGAAGAAAUCUGCUUUCCAGGGCAAAGAGGUGAGUCAGGAGAGCGUGAAGCAGUUUUAUGACAACUGGCUGUCCCGUCAGAACACGAUGUCAUCCCAGGACGACCUCGAUGAGCCCCUGACUCGGCCUCCGUCUCCGCCCGCUGCCAACUCCUCACACCUUGCCUACGCCAAGCUGAAGAACCAGGCCUCCAAAGUGUCCUGGGGCAGCAGCUUCUCCAGCUGUAUGACAGACGAGACGAUGCUGGGAUCCCGGCAGCCGACGCAGGAGGAGCUGGAUGAACCUCCUGCUAUGCUUCCUGCUGCCGCUCAGCUCAGACGGAGGCUCCUGAAGGAGGCCAAUGUCGACCUGACCUCCUUUGACACUGAUGAGCUUUCACCAAGCCGUGAAGAUGGCGCCACUCGGAAAGAAGACCAUGAACAAGAGGAGGAUGAUGAUGAGAGGACAGAAGAAGGAGAGAGCAAAUAUGAGCAGGAACAAGAGGAAGAACAAGAGGAAGAAGAAGAGGAGGACCAACAGGAGCAUUCUGAGGUGGAGAGAGAUGAGCUGGAUGAACAAUCACAGCACAGCGAAGAGGAUGAACGUGCCAAAUACCCAGAAUGCACCUCUCUGGAACUCAUCGAGAGCGGCGACGAGAAAAGUCUCGACCUGCCAGAGUCUCCCAGACCUCUGAGUCAGGAAACGAGAAACCUCACGGCCAGCGAGCUGCUGCUUAACAAUAUGUUUGAAAACGACGAGAUCUCGGACUCCGAUAAGUUUUUCACGACGCUGCCGAGGCCUCUGAAGCUGCUCUUUGCCCUCUACAACACCAUGGUGUCCAAGUCAGAGAUGCUGUGCUACUUUGUGAUCAUCCUCAACCACAUCGUGUCGGCUUCGUUCCUCUCCCUCAUCCUGCCGAUCCUCAUAUUCCUCUGGGCCAUGCUGUCUGUGCCUCGGCCCACCAAACGCUUCUGGAUGACGGCUAUCAUCUACACAGAGCUGACUGUUGUGGUGAAGUACUUUUUCCAGUUUGGUUUCUUCCCCUGGACCACGUCUGCCUACCGAGGCAUCAACGCCGACCGGCCCUUCGCUCUGCCCAACAUCAUCGGGGUGGAAAAGAAAGACGGCUACGUCCUGUUUGAUCUCAUCCAGCUGCUUGCUCUGUUCUUCCACAGAUCUAUUCUCAAGUGCCACGGACUCUGGGACAACAAGGAGGUCGAGAUGCCAGAUUUCUUCAAGAAGAUGAAGAAGAAAGUGGACAAGAAGAAGAUGACAGGAGGCGAUAAGAUGGGCAGCAAAGAAAAACCCUCCCGCCGGCUCAAGUUCCUCCCCUUCCAGGCAUCCACCUCCUCCUUAUUCUGCAGACAAAAAAAAGGCGAAUCUUCAGAAUCUCAUGAGGUGAAGCCCAAGAGGCAGCACAGCAAGAAAAAGAGACGUCAGCGAAACAAAGUUCCUCUGACCAGGAAACAGAGGAUCAGACAGCAGAUCAGAGAGCGGAUGCUGCAAGCCAAAGCUGCCAUCAUAGAAGUAGCGCUUCACAUCUACUUACCCAUAAGGCAGUUCUUCUAUGACAUCAUCCACCCAGACUACAGUCCUGUGUGUGACGUCUACGCACUCAUGUUUCUCAUCGAUGUAGUCAACUUCAUUGUCACUAUAUACGGAUACUGGGCUUUUGGGAAAUAUUCUGCAGUAGUCGACAUCACGGAGUCCCUGUCGGAGGACCAGGUUCCAGAGGCCUUUCUGGUCAUGCUGCUUAUGCAGUUCGGUACCAUGAUAGUGGACCGGGCCCUGUAUCUGAAGAAGUCUCUGAUGGGAAAGUGUGUCUUCCAGGUGGUGCUGGUGUUCGGCAUUCACUUCUGGAUGUUCUUCAUCCUCCCCGGGGUCACAGAGAGGAGGUUCAACAAUAACCCGAUCGCUCAGCUGUGGUACUUUGUAAAGUGUAUCUACUUCGGCCUUUCUGCCUACCAGAUAAAGUGUGGCUACCCAAACCGCAUCCUGGGCAACUUCCUCACCAAGAACUACAAUUACCUGAACCUCUUCCUCUUCCAAGGUUUCCGGAUGGUUCCCUUCCUGACGGAGCUGAGGGCGGUGAUGGAUUGGGUUUGGACUGACACCACUCUGUCUCUCUCCAGUUGGAUUUGUGUUGAAGACAUCUAUGCUAAUAUAUUUAUCCUCAAGUGCUGGAGGGAGUCUGAGAAAAAAUACCCACACCCUCCAGGGCAGAAGAAGAAGAAGGUGGUGAAAUACGGCAUGGGAGGAUUCAUCAUCUUCGCUCUCAUCAGCAUCAUCUGGUUCCCGCUGCUCUUCAUGUCACUGGUCCAAUCAGCGGCCGGAGUGACCAAUCCGCCAGUGGACGUCUCAAUCCAGCUCAGCAUCUCAGGAUACGAGCCUUUGUUCACUAUGAGCGCUCAGGAGCAGAACUUGAUCUCGUACACAGAAGCUGAUUUCAACAGACUCACCAAAGUUUAUGCCACUCAUGGAUCUGCUAUGCAGUUCAUAAUGAACUAUUUUGCGGAAGACAUUAUUGUUGCUAAGAUCAAGAGCGAUGCCAGUCUGCUGUGGAGCAUCAGCCCGGCCAGUCGAGCCGCCAUGAUACAGGAACUGAGCAACUCCUCUUACAUACAAAUGACUUUACGCUGGACGCUGCUCAGGGAUUCGGCCAUAUCAAUGAAUGCAGAGACGAUGGGAGAAAACACGAUGAAGUUUGACGACAAAACCUUGAGGGAAGGGAUCGUCCGCAUACUCAAAGGCGACAGCAGCAGACCUGUGAUCAUUAAUUCUCUGCUGCCAAAGUUCAUCAGGGGUCCCAAAGGACCAGUGUCCAAAAUGGCAAAGAGAAUGGCAGUAGACAUGUCGGACCGUCCGGACCUCCAGUCGCUGGCCUUCUUCAGACCCAUGUCAAUCAUGCUUCAGCAGGUCAACGGGACGUCAGAGAAGGACACAGACCAGUGGUGGGUGGUGGAGGAGUGCUCCCCAGUUGUCACCUCCUCCGAGCACAAGUGUCACAGCAUCGAGAUAGUGAUAUUCAGUGAUAAAGUCAGCCCGUCCAGUCUGGGCUUUCUGGCGGGACACGGCAUCGUAGGCCUGUACAUGUCAGUGGUGCUGGUCAUCGGAAAGUUUGUCAGGGAAUUCUUCAACGGUAUAUCCAGGUCCAUCAUGUUUGAGGAGCUGCCGUGCGUGGACAGAGUCCUGAAGCUCUGCACGGACAUUUUCGUGGUGCGGGAGACGGGAGAGAUGGAGCUGGAGGAGACUCUGUUUGAGAAACUCAUCUUCCUCUACCGAUCACCGGAGACCAUGAUCAAGAUGACCAGAGAGAAGAAAGACAGCUAG